UCAUUAUUAUUAUGUCAUUUUUUAGUAUUUAUUAUUGGCGCUCUGGCCGUAUGAUGAGUUCAUUAUCAUAAUAAUUAUCAUUAUUCAGGCGCUCUGGCCGUAUGAGUUCAUCGACUCGGACGGCGACCCUGACAAUGCCGAGGCUGGCGACGCGAUCCCGUUCGCACUCGAUGUCGAUCGACAACGCGGUCUACGGCUUCGGCAUGCACCAGAAGCUCUGUCGACGGCUUCGGCAUGUACCAGAAGCUCGACCGGGCGGCGAUGCCGGCGCGUGGGGCUACUAUGCCUGCUUCGUGCUCUCGAUCUACCUCGGAGGCGCCCUGGGGGGAGAUAUGGGGGAGAUAUGGCGACUACGCCUGCUUUGCGCCCUCACCAUCCUCGUGCAGCGCGUGCCGAGCUUGGCGCUGCAGUCCUUCUGGUACGCCUUUGGCGCCUUCGCGAUUCUCGACGGCGGCCUCGAGCUCGCGAGUGAUGGCCUGUCCACAUUCGUGCUGAUCGGGUUCAUCUUUGUCUGGCUAAUGCUCUUCGCCGGCCAGGCGGCGGAGUGAGGGUGUGAGGCGGCGGAGGGAGCCGGCGCUGAGCUUGUCUAGGCUCAGAUCUCGACUCUCGAGACACUGCAUGUGCACCUCCCCUGUAGACCUCCCCGUCAGACCCAAAUAAUACGCAUCUUUUUGUGUUAUUUUCGGGUUGUUGACGGCGCCUGGCGCCUGCGUGAGAUGCAUG